AUGUGUGCGUGGGUUAGAGAUCAUGUCUCAAUUGAGGAUAUUCUCCAGCUCACUUCAGUUUGGUCACUUCCUUCGUUGACAAUAGAUGGCACAAGCGUUGUUUGCAGUAGUGCAUAUCCGAAUGUUACGAACGCAAAAUUAUUCGGUGGCUUAUCGUGUGGAGCAACCGCUAAAUCGUCGCCGUAUUUUGGUAAUGGAGCGAUAAGCGGUGGAUCGCCGGCCACUCAAAUGAUGGACAGUCCCGAUGAUUUUCAAGUGCAAAAAAUGAUGAUGCUCGGAAAACGAGGCAUUUUGCGCAAUAAAAAUGAGUAUCGUUCUUCGGCAUCAACUCAACAACGACAAUCGUCGCCGUUCCUUCGAAAUUUUGCCGAUGAACAAUUAACGUACGAUCGUGCAUAUUCAUCAGCCAACAACUACGCAAACAUUUAUCACACUCAGCCGUCAUCAUCGUAUCACCUUUCUUCUCAACAUCGUUUUGAUCAUCAUCAAAACGCAAAUCGUUUCUGUUGUUUAGAAGCUAUUCUAAGACCGUGUGUUGCUGAAUUUUUUUCGGUCUUCUUUUGUUUGUUCAUCUACAAUUUGGUGGAUAGCGAAUUGCGUGAUCGUCACAUUCUUUUCUUUAAUCGUAUUCUAACGCUUGCAGCCGCCGAUGCUAUCACUGUGCUUAUUUUUUAUAACGCAUUUCAAACGUUAGUGAACGGUGAGGGUAGCAAUUAUUUUUGUGGUAAUUGGGUAGGUGGCGAUUGGCAGAACAAGAGUUCAUCUUUCUCCAUUUAUCACAAUCGCGCAAUUGUUUUCGCUGUCGACGGCAUGGCCACUUUGCAUCGUGCUCGUAUUAAUGCAGCUAUCCGCAUCAGUUCUAUCAGUUACCAUUUUCAGUACGUUUUCAGUUUGUUACUAUCAACUGUUUCAUGGAAUCCUUUGCUGCCAUUUGGCUUGGCCGUUUUUUCAAUUUUACAAAGCGACUAUUCGCCAUUUUUGAAUCAUUACGUUUUCUGGCUUGGACCCAUUAUUGGAUCAUUAUUUGGAUGUUUCCUGUUCAGGUUAAUAUUUGCGCCUGAUGAGAAGCGACUAAUGAAUUGCUUCGGAUGUUCUUGGAAGCGAACCACAGGACGUCUCUGA